UUGCCAUUGGCUCAUUAAUUCGCAAUUCUCGAUCCAAUUUCAAGCAUCCCAAGAAUCUGUCUUUUCUUUCAUUUUCUCUCUCAUCAACUCAUCAUACACAAUUUUUGUUCCUUUGUUCCGUUGUUGAUGUCGUUUUCUUGUUAGUUCUUCGCAGGCGUUAUCCAUUGUGGGGCGUGUUUUUUCCUUUUGUUUCUUCUUUACCCUUUAUCGGAUUCUGCCCCUUUCAAUAAUUUAAUUGCGGUAAUCUCAGUUACUAAUAUUUAACCCCAUUCUCUAUAAAAACUCAUUCUUUUCCCAGUUGUCGUUUAUUCCCACCACAUUGAAGAAGAAGAGGAAGUAGAAUCACCGUUUCGCCUUUUGGGAUUCUUGAGAAUUGUGUGAAAUUGAUGUCUUUGGCUGUUGGAGUCGCUACGAGUUCAAAAGACAUGGGGUUUGAUGAUAACAACAAGGGUGAUGGUGAAGAGGGCAACCCGGUUCAUAACCCGGAACCCGAAACCGAGGAUGAAGACGAGGAUGAUGCCGAAGCCAAAAUUCAGUUGGGGCCUCAGUGCACUCUCAAGGAGUUGUCUGAAAAGGACAAGGAUGAUGAGAGUUUGAGAAGAUGGAAGGAACAGCUUCUUGGAAGUGUGGAUAUCAACUCUGUUGGAGAAACACUUGAUCCAGAAGUGAAAAUCGUGAGCCUGACGAUUAAAACUGCUGGUAGGGAUGAUAUUGUUCUUCCGAUCCCCGAGGAUGGGAACCCGAAAAGCCCGUGGUUCGUACUGAAAGAGGGAAGCAAGUACAACCUGGUAUUCACGUUCCAGGUUAGCAACAAUAUUGUAGCCGGCUUCAAGUACAAGAACAACGUCUGGAAAACCGGCAUUAAAGUGGACAACACGAAAGAGAUGAUCGGAACCUUCAGCCCUCAGCCGGAACCUUAUACACACAUAAUGCCGGAAGAGACUACGCCUUCUGGAAUUUUUGCUAGAGGUUCAUAUUCAGCAAAAACUCAGUUCCUGGAUGAUGACAAGAGAUGCUACCUGGAGCUUAAUUAUAGUUUCGAGAUCAAGAAAGAGUGGCCGCAGUCAUAAACUAAAGGUCCCAAGUUAGAACCACAUUUCCUGUGCCCUGAGAAUGUACUUGUUUCAGUGUUUUUUAAAGCAUUUUUCCGCCGAUUUGUUGGUAUGUUGUGUGAUGAGAUGAUAGAACGAGGAGGUGAGAUUGGUUGUUGAGAUGACAAAGUGGAUGAUACAUUUUAGCAUUAUAUCUCAUUGAUUUGUUGAUUGUCAUGCAAUAAACUUGUGCUUGACCUCCAACAAUUCACUUGUGUUUCUUC